GUUUGUUUGAAAUCAAACGGCAACUGAAGUUUGGUGGGUUGCUUGGAGCUUCCAAAUUUUGUCUGCCAUGUAUGGACGGUAAAUUCAUUUCGUUACGACAAGAAGAGGGCAUGAGUAUUGUCUAAAAACAAGUAAUAAUAAGUUAGAAAGAAGGAACGCUCAAUUUAUAUAUACAUCGUUAGCAGAAAAGUUCGAAUCUAAAUAAUGGCUACGAUUCGAGUACACGAGGAUCAAGAAAAUCGUAUUGCCGAUAUUCGUCGUGGCAAAGACAAUAUUACCGUGCCCCUUCAAGCAACGAAACGUGCAGUUCUAGGCGUUCUUCACAAUAAUUGUACACGCAACCCGAAAGCAGAAAUUUAUAAAGAUGAGAAAUAUCAAAAAACAAAAGCAGUUAUACCCACACAAUUUGAACCUUUCAAAAUCUACGAAGAGAAGAAAGAGGAAGUUAUAUUUAAAAUCUACGAAGACAAGUUAGAAGAAGAAACUUCCGUGGCGCUUAGAGAUACAAAGGAUAAGAAAGAAACAAAAGAGAAACAAGAUGUUAAGUCUGAAAGAGAGAAGCCAAGGUUAGAAGUAAAUCCUAUUAAUAUCUCAAAUUUGUCAACAUUUUGUAACGCUAUUCAAGAUGUAAAUCAAAAGAAACAAAAUGAAGUCAUUUUUCCCCAUGACAGUCCAAUGUUUUUGGAAAAAUCUAUUCCUUAUUCUUCUUCAAAAAAAGAACUUCAAAGAAGAAGAGAGUCUGUUAAGGAAAUGAGAAUUAAUUUUUUCGAUGUGGACGAAUAUAGGGCUGAUAUAUAUAAUUAUUUACGCGUAGCAGAGACACAACAUAGACCAAAGCCAGGCUAUAUGAAGAAACAACCUGACAUAACAUACUCGAUGAGAUCAAUAUUAGUAGACUGGCUUGUCGAAGUUGCUGAGGAAUAUCGGUUACAGACAGAGACACUUUAUCUAGCUAUUUCGUACAUAGACCGUUUUCUAUCGUACAUGAGUGUUGUAAGAGCAAAAUUACAACUUGUUGGUACAGCCGCUAUGUUCAUUGCUGCAAAAUACGAAGAAAUUUAUCCACCAGAUGUUGGAGAAUUUGUAUAUAUCACGGAUGAUACAUAUACAAAAAAACAGGUACUACGCAUGGAACAUUUAAUUUUGAGGGUUUUAUCUUUGGAUCUUACUGUUCCAACACCUCUUGCUUUUCUUAUGGAAUAUUGUAUUAGUAAUAAUCUUCCAGAAAAAAUUAAAUUUUUAGCAAUGUAUUUAUGUGAAUUGUCGAUGCUCGAAGGGGAUCCGUAUCUACAGUUCUUGCCUAGUCAUUUAGCUGCAUCUGCAGUAGCACUUGCAAGAUACACAUUGUUAGAAGAAAUGUGGCCGCAUGAGUUAGAACUGUCGACGGGAUAUUGUUUAAAGGAUCUUAAAGAAUGCAUUAUUUGCUUAAACAAAACUUUCUGUAAUGCAUUAAAUAUUCAACAACAAGCUAUACAAGACAAAUACAAAAACAGCAAAUACGGACACGUAGCAUUGUUAUUGCCACGACGUAUCGAUCACAUAACACUGACCUCUGAAGAUGAAGAAGAAAAUGCCUAGUAUUUAGCAGGCAUUAAGAAAAAAUAGAAGAAUCUAUAAAUUUAUACAUAUGUCUAGAUAACGAACCUCCCGAUAUAAAUCCCUGUUUUGAUAGACAAGGAGGGGAUUAGGGCAAGACUGACCUAUUGUUUCACAAAUGAAAUGUAUGAGUUAUUUCUAUUAGCAUGUUUAGUCACUAUGCUUUGUCGGGCAAACAUACUGACUUCACUUUUCACAUUUCAC